GUGUGACUCAUCCUAACUAACAAACCAAACAAAAAAUACAUUUUACACAAUAAUUAUAAUUAUAAUAUUAUUUGAAAACAAUGGCUCAGUUGAUUUUGGACGGUAUGAUACACAUAUACAACACAACGUUUGAUCAUGGAGAUCCGCGAGUGCAGAACUGGCCACUAAUGCAGUCACCGAUGCCUACAAUCGGCAUAUGUCUGUCUUAUGUUUAUUUGGUAAAAUACUUGGGUCCGUCAUUCAUGAAGGACAGGAAGCCCUAUAACAUACGUUUUCUAAUGGUUUUCUACAAUUCAUUGAUGGUUGUCAUUAGUUUGUUUAUGUUUAUCAAACUGGGUAUCUAUGGCUGGUUUGGCAAAUAUAAUUUGAAAUGCCAACCGGUUGACUAUUCAAAUUCAGUGGAAGCAGUAGGUAUGGCCCACUUGAGCUGGUGGUACUAUAUAUCCAAGUUCUUGGAAUUUUUCGACACCAUAUUCUUUGUGUUGCGCAAAAAGUUUACGCACGUGUCGACACUGCACGUCAUACACCACGGCGUUAUGCCGAUGAGCGUCUGGUGGGGCGUCAAGUUUACACCCGGCGGUCACAGUACCUUCUUUGCCUUUGUUAAUAGUUUCGUACACAUUAUUAUGUAUAUCUAUUAUGCAUUGUCUGCCGUCGGACCACAUAUGCACCGAUAUCUCUGGUGGAAGAAAUACAUGACUACUAUUCAAAUGGUCCAAUUUGUCUUUAUAUUUGUUCAUUCGUUUCAAUUGUUGUUUCGUGAUUGCAAUUAUCCGCGUGGCUUCAUGUGGUGGAUCGGCUUUCAUGCCGUAAUGUUUUGGUUCCUGUUCUGGGACUUCUACAAGAGUACUUAUUCGGGUGUUUUAUUGCGUAAGUCGAAGUCGUCGUCGACUACCAAUUCUGCCGGUGCCACCACCACCGCCGCCGCCACCACUACUACCACCACAAGGUCAUCGUCAUCAUUGUCAUCGGUGUUGUCGUCAUUGCCCUCCAUGUGCUCUCUCGAAUACGAACAACUGUCUAACGGAUACCAAACAAAUGGAACCGUUAGUCCUGAUGCUAACAGUAAGACAACCAACAAUCACUCAAACGGUGUCCACAAAGCGCAUAAAAAUGGUAUCAAAUUUAAAGAUCUCUGAUAUUUUAUUUUUGUUUAAUAUAUUGAUAUAUAUGCCUCUCAUAAAAAUAUUACAAUAAUAUUAUUAU